AUGAUCAAACAACAAGCGCUUUUCUUCCUGUCAGUAAUCAUCCUGGUGCUGACUUUCAUGCAAACAACAAAUUGUGAAAUCUUUUCAGUGCCAUUCAAUGUCACAGUUGGAUAUCCUUUCAAAUGGAGAACAGAAUCAUUCACCGAUAUUGGAUAUACCUUUCUAACUGAAAAGACAUCUGGAGUUGCUGUUUAUACAGACCUUUCAGAUUCUACUGAUUUUAACAGCUAUUCGAUUCCUUCCAAUUUGAAAGGAUAUGAUUUGUUUGGAGUUUUCCAAAUUGACAUGCAAAAAGUUAUUACUCCACAAGGUGGUGGUGCAUCCUUCUCCUUUACACAUUUCUUUUCUUUUGGCAUUUUGAAUGUGAAUCCAAAAGAGUUGUGUCUUGUUGGUGUGGACAAGGACACGAAGAAGUUUCUUCCAAUUGACUUUACAACAGAUUCAACACAAUUCACUCAAACAAUCACUCUUCCUAUCGAAACAAAAGUUUAUACAAUGGCCAUUUUGGGUUUAGAAAGAGAAAUUCCUGCAUCAUUUGGAGUUUCUACUUUGGUCAACUAUCGUGCCUCUCUCAAAUAUGAAAUUCACAAGGAUUUGAAUCAAUAUUUGAGUGCUUUCAUUAAUAGACCUCUCACAUAUCCUUCCCAUGAAUAUAUUGCUCAAUUGGUUGACAAUCAAAUUGCCCUUCCCUCAAAUCAAUUAAUUGAAAUUGCUUCCUUCUCAUUCAAUCCAAUGUUUGCUCAAAGUUAUCAGGGAAGAAUGGUCAUUAAUGAUUUCAUGUUUAGUUUUGAUCUUUCUAAAGGAUUUGUCGAUAGAAAUGGAAAGCAAGUUGAGAUUGAUUUUGAAUCUCUUCAAUGUUUGUACAUUGUCGAUGAAAAACAAGGUUUCGUCCAAAGACCUCGCUCAGAUGUCUUUCCUACUUGGCAAAAACUGGCGUGCUCUCCAGGAAUUGGACAGAACGACUUUUAUCCAAAGUACAUGACCAUUGUUGCCAAUCGUAAAUCAGCACCUACACCUGUACCAUCCAAAAGUUCAAUUCCUCAACCAUUGGUUUCAAAAUCCAGCUCAGAACCAAUACAUCCUUCAUUCUCCAAGGGUGUUUCUGGGUCCACUAAUCCACAAAAUAGUUUCCAUCCUCGAAAUAAUAAUCAAGCAAAGACUGUAGUCAAUACUGUAUUGGUUGCAUUGAUGAUUAUUUUGAGUUCCUUAUUAGUUGUUUAA